AUGGCCGAGCCAAUCCCCGCGUUUUAUAGGAUUUUCUUCCCCACGAUAGAUCCAAUAGUCGCCUCAACCGGCGUCAUCGGCAAUCUCUUCCUGCCAGGCGACAUUGUGAAGAGCUACAAUCCUCGUGCCAUCCUUCCACCCGCCCUCGAAACCGAAGUUCUUCUCCAGAGUUCCGCCGGAUUUCUAGCUGGUACCAUGGUUCUUCAGAUCUUCCUCUUACGUAUGCGACCGCAUGAUGUCGGCGUCUGGAAGGCGCUGCAAGCGAGUAUCGCAGUGGUGGAUGCGGCGAUCUUGGGAAGUGUGUUUCGGGCGUUGGAUAAGCAGGACAGGUUGGCGUUAAAGGACUGGAGGGCUUUGGACUGGAUCAAUGUGGGCGUGACGGGCACGGUGUUGGCGAUCAGGUUGGCAUUCUGUUUGGGUGUUGGUCUUGGUGGGAGCAAGGGCAACGGGAAGGGAAAGAAGAGCUGA